CCUUGCCUCUGUUUUUUUUGAACGAGAUAUCGCGAUGUUUAUAGGUUGUCAGGCCUAUCGCUGACAAGCGGCCGGCCGACAAUUCGCUUCAAGCUGACCUGACGGUAGUCGCUAGCAUGAAAAUAACGACGUGAAACAAUUCCCCGCUAGUUCGUCAGCGGUUCGUUUUAUUGUGUCUGUAACUCAUACGCCAGUAUCCGUCGAUUGGACAAUGACGGAGGCUCGGAACGGUUAAUAGAUUGUAAUAACUGUGGGAGAGGCAGGAUGUCACGUCCCACAAACCUGGUGUGGGAUGUAAGGAAGCGCUCGCUGGGGCUGGAGGAUCCCCGGCUAAUUCGCUUGUCCUAUUUAGGAAGAAGAGAAUUUAUCCAAAGACUAAAACUUGAAGCUAAAUUGAAUGUACACGAUGGUUGUGUAAAUACAAUUUGCUGGAAUGAUACAGGAGAAUAUAUUCUAUCAGGAUCUGAUGACACCAACCUAGUGAUAACAAAUCCAUAUAGUAGAAAGAUUCUUUCAACUAUUCGUUCGGGUCAUCGAGCAAACAUUUUUAGUGCAAAAUUUCUUCCACACACCAGUGACAAACAGAUUAUUUCCUGCUCAGGAGAUGGUGUCAUAUUUUAUACAAACACAGAGAGAGAUGCAGAAGCAAAUCGUCAGUGCCAGUUUAACUGCCACUAUGGAACAGCUUAUGAGAUCAUGACUGUACCAAAUGAUCCUUAUACUUUUCUAUCAUGUGGUGAAGAUGGUACUGUAAGGUGGUUUGAUGUUAGAGCGAAGACAAACUGUACAAAAGAAGAUUGCAAAGAUGAUAUUUUGAUAAACUGCCGCCGUGCUGCUACUUCAAUCGCUAUCUGCCCUUUGAUGCCGUACUACUUAUCUGUUGGUUGCUCGGAUAGUUCUGUGAGAAUAUAUGAUCGAAGGAUGCUUGGCACAAGGGCUACAGGCAGUUACAAUGCACGUGCAACUACUGGAAUGUGUGCAAGAUUUGUACCUCCACAUCUUACCAAUAAAUCUUGUCGAGUUACGUCCCUCUGUUACAGUAAUGAUGGACAGGACAUUCUUGUUAGUUAUUCCUCAGAUUAUAUUUACCUUUUUGAUCCCUAUGAUGAUCAAGGACGUGAGCUUAAGCUCCCUGCUACAGAUGAGAGAAGAGAACCAGAGAUCCGGCAGCCACCUGUUAAACGACUCAGGCUUCGAGGGGAUUGGUCUGAUACUGGGCCAAGGGCAAGACCAGAGAGUGAGCGAGAACGUGAAGGAGAACAAAGCUCUAAUGUGUCACUCAUGCAACGCAUGUCAGAUAUGUUAUCCAGAUGGUUUGAAGAAGCUAGUGAAAAUGCCCAAAGCAGCUUAAGAGGAAGGGGAAGAUCAAGAUCCCGAGGAAACACUGUUAGGUCGGAAACAUCAGACUCAAACAUACCAGCUACUCAAGAAGGAACUGGAGAAGGUACUAUGGAGGUAGAUUCUUCAGCUGAUCAGCUGCCACAGUCUUCAUCAUCAUCUACAGCUUCAGCUCAGGCUCCAUCAACAACAUCCUCCACUGCUGGCUCUUGUUCUACUUCUCUCCUGUCUUCACCUGAUAGUGAACACAAGCGCCCACCUCCAUCAACAGACAACCCUCCACAAUCAGAACUAAGAGCUCAGUCCAUUCGAUCAUCUGGGGUAAGUUUAGUCAGUAAGCGACUACAGCAACUGAGACUUUUGAAGGCUGAACAACAGAAACAGCAGGAUCUGGCAAAGAAGUCUUCAUCACAAUCUGCCACUGACCAUUUCACCCAUGAAGGCUCCUCACUGCAUCCUAAUAUUUCAGAUUCCCCUUCUUCUGUGGUAAACAAACAACUUGGAUCCAUGUCACUUGAUGAGCAAAAGGGCAGCAGUACAGAUAGUUCCAGCAUCAGAACACCAGGUGCUGAACCAGUUCUAAGUUUACAUUACAGUACAGAGGGAACGACUGCGAGCACAAUCAAGCUAGAUUUUACUGAUGAAUGGAGUGAUUCGGCUUCAACUUCUCGGGGAACUGGAAUUCAAAGCAAACAAAGCAAUCAGGAAGAAUCUCAGCAAAUACAAGCCCCUGAGGAGCAUUCAGAAGAAAUAAUAGACACAAAUGUUUCUGCACCUGAAUCAGCUGAACAGUCAGGUAAAAGAAUAUGCAAAGUCAGGCACAUGGAGGUUGAUGAAGCCAAUAAAGAAGGGAGCACAACUAAAGAAACCAAAGCGAGAGUAUUCGAUUACCUCUGCCAGACUGCACCAGCAAACUUCUAUCAGAGAAGCCUACAGCAACAAGAAGUGUCUUGCCAAAGUACAGAAACUAAUGACAGCUGCAAUAGAAUGACUGAAUCCACACAGCAGUCAGAACCAACAAGGCUGAGUAAUCAGAAUGAGCCUACUCGGACAUCUGCCAGUCGUGAAACUGAUGACAGUGAUGAUGAUCCUGUUUUAAUUCCAUCUUCCCGGUUUAGAGCAGGAUCAGGACACAGAUUUACUUUCAGAGGAAUGGCAGUGGGUGAUAGAAUGAGACGCACUGCAGCUGCCCGUAUUCAGGAGCUGUUCAGAAGGAGAAAGGAAAAGAAGGAAAUGGAAGAAUUAGAGACUCAAAACAUAAGAAAACCUACAAUAAAAAUGGUAUACAAAGGCCACCGUAACUCAAGAACAAUGAUCAAAGAAGCCAACUUCUGGGGUAGUUAUUAUGUAAUUAGUGGCUCAGACUGUGGUCACAUAUUCAUCUGGGAUCGCCAGACAGCUGAGUUGCUGAUGUUAUUAGAAGCUGACAACCAUGUGGUGAACUGCCUGCAGCCUCAUCCUUUUGAUCCAAUUCUGGCAUCGUCUGGUAUAGAUUAUGAUGUCAAGAUUUGGACACCGCUGGAAGGAAUACCAGCUUUUGACAGAAAACUGGCAGAUGAGGUGAUCAGUCGCAAUGAAUUGAUGUUGGAGGAGACCAGGAACACAAUCACAGUUCCAGCAUCAUUUAUGCUAAGAAUGUUGGCUUCACUCAAUCAUAUUCGAACAGAUCGGUUGGAAGGUGACCGUUCAGAAGGCUCUGGCCAAGAGAAUGAAGAUGAUGAAUAACUGUUCAGAUUUAAAAAAAAAGCAUUAAGAAAUUUGUAUUACAGAAAAUUUAGUAUAUUUUCCCUACAAAGCCUUAGUGUUAUUUUAGUUCCUUUUCUGGAAAAAAAGGGUACAUUUAAUAUGAAUAUUUCUUUGUGCAAAAUGUGUGCAUGAAUUAGGAUGAGAAAGGUGGGAAAGAAUAAGCAAGUUGCUUUUAAUUAUUAUGUUCCGUGGAUGAGAUGCUUGGAGGUUUCAAGUGCAAUAUUAUCUAAUGUGCAACUGUAUGUGUUUGGAUCAGUGUUUUGAGUGUGAAGAUAAAAAAAAAACACUAGUAAGAGGGUUAAGAUGAAACCUUUCUAAACUUGUUGUUAUGCAUGUAUGCUGAGGGGGAAAACUUCAUUAAAGUUUUUGGUUGUUUAAAAAAAAUACUGGUUUGUUAGUUGGUGCUCCAAAAAUCGGAAUUACAGGAC